AUGGCGGAAAUCCAAAGUCCAAUCCGAGUUGGCAACCUUACCUUGGCGCAUCGGGUAGUUUUGGCUCCAUUAACGAGAUAUCGAGCGGAUGAUGAUCAUAUCCCCCUUCCAUUCGUCAAAGAUUACUACGCACAGCGAGCUUGUGUCCCAGGCACACUGUUGAUCACGGAAGCCACAUUUAUUUCUCCCCGUGCAGGAGGAUUUAACAAUGUUCCCGGCAUAUAUAAUGAUUUGCAAAUCAAAGCGUGGAAAGAGGUUACCGAUGCAGUCCAUGCCAAGGGCUGUUUUAUUUUCUGCCAACUGUGGGCUUUGGGCCGGGCAGCAAAACCUGAGGUCCUCGCUUCUGAAGGCUAUCCUGUGGUCUCGAGCGGUAACCUGCCGAUUUCCGAGAAACACGCUGUCCCCGAGCCAUUAGACGAAAAGGGCAUCCAAGAGUUCAUCGGGGACUACGUUCAAGCAGCAAAGAAUGCUGUCGAGGCUGGAUUCGACGGGGUUGAGAUUCACGGGGCGAAUGGAUACCUUUGCGAUCAGUUCUCACAGGAUGUUUGCAACAACCGCAAUGACCGUUGGGGAGGAAGCAUUGAGAAUCGAUCAAGAUUCGGCCUCGAAGUGGCUAAAGCAGUUGCAGCAGCCAUCGGAAGUGACAAGUCUGCGUAUCGGAUUAGCCCCUGGAGUCGGUUUCAAGAUAUGAGGAUGGCAGACCCCCGGCCACAGUUCACCCACCUGGUUCAGAAUCUAGCGAAGAUAGGAUUGGCAUAUUUGCACGUGGUAGAAUCCCGGGUCUCGGGAUCGUACACUGUUGAAGAACCACCAGAGAGCAUAGAAUUUCUUGUUGAUGUGUUCGACGGUGCUGGGGCGGUAAUUCUGGCCGGAGGAUUCUCUCCGCAGUCGGCCAAAGAAGCUGUCAAGAGCCAUAAGAACCAGCGCAUUGCCAUUGCGUUUGGCCGUCACUUCAUUCCGAACCCAGAUCUGGCGUUCCGCAUCUUCAAUAAUAUAGAUCUCACCCCAUACGAUCGUGAAAAGUUCUAUACCCCGAAGUCUACCGUUGGUUAUAUCGAUUACCCCAACAGUCCAGAGUAUGACGCUUGGGCAAGCUCAAAAACUCGUAUAUCUGAGACCCCAAACUAG